GCGCCGCAGUCAAUCAGCUGUUGAGGCAACUGCUGACUACCUCGGAACAAGGGUUGCUCGUUUGACAUUUCUAAACCUAGACGAGACAAUCUGAAAUAUAUUCAUCCUCCGAUUCCCCAAAGGGUGAACAAUCAAGCUCUUCAAAACAUGCAGGAUGAUUUACUGAUGGACAAAACCACAGCCCAGUCUCACCAUCAGCAAGACCCGACGCAAAUAGACCCUCCUCCCUCCUCUAGUACCCCCCCGGCCCUGUCAUUGGAGCCCUCGUCCUCAUCAUCGGAGUCUGAAAGUCCGUUGACCGGGAGCAGCACCGCGGACAAAUUGUCGAUGGAGUCACCGAUCCUGCCAGGGUUGAACUUCCACCAGCAGCCACAGGAGACCGAAAGUCUCAUUUCCUCCCCGUCCACCUCCUUCGGGAGUACUUGGUCCACUGGAAACACUAACAUCGUGGACGAAAGUUUUUUCCAGGGAAUACCCUCCGUUAACGGGACGAUGCUUUUCCAAAACUUCCCCCACCACGUCAACGCGGUUUUCGGGGGUAAUUUCUCGCCCCAGAUGGGACUCGCCCCCCAGUCUCAACAGCAUCAACAAUCGGCGCAGCAGCCACAGCAGAGAAGAUCACCCCUCAGCCCCAACCAGGGCCCCCUCCCGCAGAGACACGCUUAUCAGACCAUUAUGAACGCCGCGAAAGGGUCGUCUUCCUCCGUAUCGUCACCGGCGUGGAAUAAUCACCAAAACAGCGGGUGGAGCACCGGCUCUAACCACCCUUGGAGUGCUUUGCAGGCAGGCAGGGACCCACGCAGAGCGGUGGGCGUCGGUGUUGGAGUUCCCUCUCCGGUGAGCCCAAUUUCCCCCAUGAAAAAAACUUACGGCAGCAAUGUUAUUGCGCCCCCAAAAUUUCCGAGACCAAGUCCGCUCGCCCCCAAAACUUGGGAUGAGGACGGUGCCUUCAGGACUGACAGCAAUAUACUACCUUUCCAGGACCGGAAUCGGCCCUUUGACGCAUUUAGCUUGCACUCUUUGGAGAAUUCCUUAAUGGAUAUGAUAAGGACUGACCAUGACAAAGGUAAAGCUCACCCUGCUGAUGGGCCACCAAUGACUAUCGCUGAUAUUUUGUGGAGGAAUCAUUUUGCAGGGCAUAUGGGCAUUAACUUCCAUCAUCCUGGAGCCCAACAUAUCAUGCCCCUGAACACCCGGAGCUUUGGCCGCAGAAGAGGUCGUUCUUACCUUUUUCCCUUUGAAGAUGGCUUCCUUGACGAUGGCCAUAGUGACCUCUCCAUGACCCCUGGCCUGAACUCUCCAACCCGUUGUCAGAACGGAGAGAGGAUGGAGCGCUACUCCCGCAAGGUCUUUGUUGGAGGCCUACCCCCAGAUAUAGAUGAAGAUGAGAUCACCAACAGUUUCCGUCGCUAUGGACACCUGGUGGUCGACUGGCCCCACAAAGCUGAGAGCAAAUCCUACUUCCCGCCGAAAGGUUAUGCCUUCCUGCUGUUCCAAGAGGAGACUUCUGUUCAGGCCUUGAUUGAUGCCUGCAUCGAGGAGGACAGUAAGCUCUACCUGUGCGUGUCCAGUCCCACCAUCAAAGACAAACCGGUCCAGAUCCGUCCCUGGAACUUGAGUGACAGUGACUUUGUCAUGGAUGGCUCCCAGCCUUUGGACCCCCGCAAGACCAUCUUUGUAGGGGGAGUGCCCCGGCCUCUGCGUGCAGUGGAGCUGGCUAUGAUCAUGGAUCGGCUGUACGGUGGUGUUUGCUACGCCGGCAUUGACACUGACCCAGAGCUCAAAUAUCCCAAGGGGGCCGGCCGUGUGGCCUUCUCCAAUCAGCAGAGCUAUAUUGCCGCCAUCAGCGCUCGCUUCGUUCAGCUGCAGCACAAUGACAUUGACAAAAGGGUGGAGGUGAAGCCGUAUGUGCUUGACGAUCAGAUGUGUGAUGAGUGCCAGGGGGCGCGCUGUGGGGGGAAGUUCGCCCCCUUCUUCUGCGCCAACGUCACAUGUCUGCAGUACUAUUGCGAGUACUGCUGGGCCAGCAUUCACUCGCGAGCAGGCCGAGAGUUCCACAAGCCACUUGUGAAAGAGGGGGGUGACCGCCCUCGACACGUGUCCUUCCGCUGGAGCUGAGUCAUAUGUCUGCCUGACCAUCCCAUCCUCAGAUACAUACAAAAAAAAA